CUUCACUGAAGACCAUUUUCAAAAUUUAACAAAUUUAAGAUCACUGCACUUAAAAAAUAUUAUGAUACCUCAUUUCGACUGGCUACGAUCCGAAACCCUUCAAUCGAAUUUGGAAUAUUUGGAACUCACUGAUGAAACUAUUAAAUAUACAACUUGGCAGUAUUUAACAAAGUUUAAGAAAUUAACUUUCAUUUGCGAUAGUGGCGUUAACAGUUGCGAACUCAAAGUGGACAUCAACAAUCGCACAUGCCCCAAAGACUGUAAAUGUACACUUGAUCGAGAGGAUAUGCGAUUUAAGAUAGAAUGCAAUACGUCUGAGUACCAUCAAGAAGUUCCUGAGUUACCGAUCCCUAUAAUUGGAAACACUUCUCUGUACUUUAAUAAUGCAAAUCUCACCACUUUACCAUCAUAUAACUUAUACGGAUAUCCCCAAGUAAAGGAAUUGUACUUAGCAAACAACCAACUUUCACAUUUGGCCAUUGAUCAACUUCCGGAAAAUCUGACAUAUUUAGAUAUCCGAAAUAAUAGUCUACAAACCAUUGAUAAAAGCGUUCUCGAAUUUCUCGCUAAUCGAUCCAGAAUUAUACAAAUUUUAUUAUCGGGCAAUCCAUGGAUCUGUCAUUGUGAAAACAAACAUUUAAUAAUAUUCGUGAAAGACUCUGCAAAUAAAAUCGUGGAUAGAAAAAACAUACUUUGUGGAGAUGUCAAGAUGGGGCAAAUGACAAAUAUUUUUAUAUCAUCAAUUUGUAAUUCCUUAAAUGACACCUUGAACAUGAUAAUAAUCGGAGUAUCAUUUGGAAUUAUUAUUGUAAUAUGCACAUAUUUAUAUUACAAGGAAUUAAUUCUAAUGUGGUUGUAUGAACGGAAUCUUUGUGUAAGGUGCAUAGCCCAAGCGGAACCCGAUAAUGAUCUAAAAUACGAUGCCUUUCUCGCAUUUUCCCACCAAGAUUUGGAAUUUGUAGAGGAAUAUGUGGAGAAGCUAGAGAGAGGACCCUCUCAAUAUCAAUUUUACUUUUAUCAUCGCGACUGGUUGAUAGGCGAGUGUAUUCCCGAUUGCAUAUUGAGGUCAAUCGAAGACUCCAAACGAAUAAUAAUCUUGUUAACGGAGAAUUUUAUUAAGUCUUCAUGGGGUCGAUUUGAGUUUCGCUCUGCCAUUCAAGCCACAUCGACUAAUAAAUACAAACGACUGAUUGUUAUAGUGUACCCUGGAAUUGAUAUUAAUGGUCUAUAUAUUGAGUUAAGGAACUACAUCAAAUUCAACACGUAUCUGACGAGAGAUGAUCCACAAUUCUGGAGAAAGCUAAUGUUCGGGAUGCCUCAUAAGGAACAGACGGUUCAUACGUGUGAAGAAAGCAGUUUAUAAAACAAAAAUAUUUGAAUUUUAAUAAAAUUUUCCAAUUUUUACACUGUAGUUAAAUAG